AUGGGUAUCCCCUCCAAAUCCAGCGGCUCGAGCCGUCAGAGAUCGUACGCAUAUCCGCCACCCGCCAAGGGCAUCAGCAGAUGCUGGGCGUGGAUCCCCGACUCGUGGGCGUGUAGGCUCUUCCUGCUCAUCACGUUGGCAGAGGCAUCGAUCAACAUUGCCAUCGAGAGCAUGCUCUUUGUCCGCUACCAGUUCCACCGCAAGACGCAUCCGACACCGGACGACGAGUCCAAAUCCAGAGCGCUGCCCGUAUUCGUCAUCGUCUUCUCCAUCGCGCACAUCUACCAGUUCUUGCUCGCCGUGGAUGCGGUGAUCAACCGAAACACCAUCCUGGUGAUCGGCUCCAUCAUCUUCAACGCGUGCUUUCUCGUAUAUUCGCUCAUCCAGAUCUCCGAAAUGCGCACGGUGCUCGGCGACGGCGUGGCGCAGGGCUCGUCGCAGACCGUUCCCGUGCAGGUGCUCACGGGCGCCAUCCCGAUCGUGAUCGCGCUCGCCGAGAUCUCGUUUGUGGUGCUCGGAUGGAAGUUGUGGAAGGAGUUUGGCUGGCAGAUCUACAAGAAGAUCGGCGCGGACCGCAGCCUCAAGCGCGGCUACCUGCACUACCAGGUCUACGUGGCGCUGCUCAAGUUUGACUUUUUCAUCUUCAUCGCGUACUGCAUCCAGCUCGUGCUGGUGGUCAAGCAGAUCGGCACGGCCGAACGCUGGAUCACCAUCAUCUCGGCGCCGUUUUCGCUGCUCAUCCUCUUCUUUGCGUGGUACUCGGUGCGCAAGGAGCUCAAGUACGGCAUGCUCGCGUUUCUGGUCGGACUGACGGGCGCCAUGGUGUACUUUGUGUACAAGCUCUUCCGCAUCUGGCAGCUCAAGGAUACGCUGUACAAGGAGGUGUACAAGAGCUUGACGGUCUUCUCGACGCUCUCGAUGCUGCUGCUGCUCAUCACGGCGGCCAUGACGAUCCAGUGCAUGAUCAACUUUGACCGCGGCCUCAAGCACGCCAUUGCACGCACACGCAAGGACCACGCGGCUGCAGGCGCCGGCGCCGACAGCGGCUACCUCGUCGGAUACGACGGCAAGACGCUCACCCAUCUCGGCGACGGCAGCACCAGCGUGUUGCAUCUCCAACCGCGCCUGAGCUUGGAUUGA